CUCUACAUAGAACCCGCCAAGGAACAUGUGCCCAGUAUAGUCCAACAAACCCCCGAGUAUAUCAUCAGACUCUCGAAUCGCUCAGUAUACUCCACGACUAUUUGGUGCUGAGAGUUACCGCGGAUACACGUGUCACAGAAUCAGAAAUGGCUCAGAUCUACGUCGUAGUCACGAUAGCGGCAGUACUUGUCCUGUCUCAGGGCGUCAGCGCGAAACGAGGCUGCUCAGCAUUCGGCCACUCAUGUUUUGGUGGACAUGGCAAGAGAUCCGGAGAUACUGCUGCUAUGGAGUCAAAUUCUGAAAUGAUAGCGAGGCAUCAACUAGGACAAGAAGAGACGGCCCCACAUCCAAUUUAUCCCCACUCUGGAUACAGUGGCGUUCUGCCGCCUGGUGACGAUAUCAUACCCGUCAGAGAUGGGGGUGUGUACGACGACAGCGCCGCCCGGGACGUAAUGAAGUUUAAACUACGGAACAUCAUCAAACAUUGGAUGGACAACUACAGAGGGUCACAACAAAACGACGACGGUUACUUCAUGGAAAAUUUGUAAUUGCAUUGUGAAAAUUUUUCUUCCUCUUCCAUUAUAUAUAAUAUAUAUAUCAAUAAAAUUAUUGUCACAUAAUUCAAGAAGUUUGCUUUUUUUUAUAAAUAAAAAAAAAAACGAGAUGAGUUCGAAAUGGGUUUUUGUUGGUGAUCACUGACCGAUUCGCUAUUUUCGUGUUCCCACUAUUUUGAAUCGAUUUAAAAAAGAAUAGGAUUGUAGUUUGAUGGUGAAUAUUUUAUGCGUAAGUUUCUUAUGUCGAUAUAUGUUCGUUAACCGAUUUCGAUGGUUAUUUUUUAACUGACAGUUUUGCAUUAAUUUUGUUGAGAUUAAAGUUCUUAUGAGGUAAAAAGAUCUUAAAUGAUUAAUUUACUUGUAUGCGUAUUAAAAACAGUAUUGAUCAUUUUUAUAUGUUGCAGACUAAAAAUUCAUUUGUAUAUUUUACAUAACAUAUAUACAAUUUAUGUUAUAUAAUAGGAUAUUAUAUGGAUAAAUUGUUAACUUAUGUACUUACACAACCUUAUAUAAAAUGGUAAAACGCUAUUACUAUUUUCUUUUUAUAAAAAAAGUUGAUUUUUAUUUUAAUAUAAUUGUUAGAGAAUCAUUCAGAAAGUAAUUAUCUUAUAGAAAUGAGUAUGUGUAAAGGUUAACAUUGCAGUAAAUCUUCUUUUUAAAUCGUUUAAAAACUGUGGCGUUAUUAACACAAAAUUCCAAGUUCUCGUAUAUUUUUUAUUCUAUUCACGGAUCACAACGAAAUAUGCUUGAAAUCCUUUUAAACAUUCAAAUUGUGGACGAAUGUAAAUUUAUUUUAUUAUAAUUUUAACACACGUCCUUUAUAUACUUAGCUAUUCUUAUAUAUAUAUAUAUAUAUAUAUAAACCGUAUCAACUUGUACCGUACUAAAUGUAAUGUAAUACAUUUUAUCAUUGCAUUUCACGUCCAAAAUAUAAAUAAAGAUUAAAUGUAAAUUUAUGAGCAGUGUAAUAUUUAAAAUUAAGUAAAGAACUUAAAAAAAAAACAAUAUUAAAGGGUUACUUGUUAAUGAUAUACGGAGAUCCAAAUUUAAAUUUAUUUAUUACAUUCAUAGUUUUGUUAUAAAAUCCUUUUAGAAUCUAUUUCCCUUAUCAGAUAUAUGUAUUGUACUUUAGAAAUUGCAAUAAAAAUAAAUCUUAUUCGACGAUAUAAUAAUUGAUUGUAAAAUGUUUUCAAAGCUAUAGCCAAUAAGGCAAGAAUUUGUUAAAGUUAUUUCACUUUAAUUGUAAAUUUAAUAUAAUUUUUUAAUUCUGCAAAUUUAAAAUCUUACGUAGUAGUUUUAAUUUUUAUUGUCUUUAAAAUAAAAAGAUGUGUAUUUAUGGGGUAGAAAAUACAGUUUUCAAAUUAAUAAAAGUAUACAACGGUUUUUUUCCUACAUUACCAAUUAUUAAACUAUUUUAUUACACAAAGGAGAAUAUGUCUAGUCAAUUAUAAAGUGUCACUAUUUUGAAUAAGAUACUGUUAUGUAGAUACAAAAACUCUUUUAUUACGUUAAUAGAAAAUCUAUUUUAUGUAAAGGCUGGUAUUUAAUUUAUAAAUAUUGUAUAGUUAUGCUUGUAUAAAAAUUGCUUUUAAAAUGUGUUUAACAUAUUUGUCACAUCUGCAGUUACGAGAACGACAACUCGCGGUAACAAUUAUGGCACGAUUUCUCGCUGAUGUAAUGUUACAAAUGUUACAAUUGGUAACCUUUAUUAAACUUGUAUUAAUCUAUAUUAAGUUUACGAUAAACACAACAAACAAAAGUUUUUAUCAUUUUAAUUAUCCGCGAGCUGUUCGUUUCACAUACACAACCAUAUUUAAUCUAGUAACUGUAAGCAUUAAACACGAUUGUCUUGGUACCUGAAAAUAUGGGUUUAGGUAGUUUUUCUCUUGCAUGUAACGUAAGUUUACCAUCAAAAUGAAAUUUUAAUAAUAAUAAUAAUAUGUAGUAGAAAAUGACUGUAUCUGUGAAUAAUGUUUUUGCGUAUUAAAUAAAUGGUUAGAUACAAUAUA